AUGGCCUGCUCCAAUAUGACUAUGUGGGUGUCUUCGAACUCAGCUCUCUCCGACGCUUCCUCACUCUCCUUCCGCUCUUCCAUCUCCCCAUUCCAAAUCCCAUCUCCCAACUCCCCUGCAUCUUCUCCUUCUUCCACCUCCAGACCCACCUCUGUUUCCCCUGUUCAGUGCAACCUCCGAGAGCUCCGGACCCGAAUCGACUCCGUCAAGAACACCCAGAAGAUCACCGAGGCCAUGAAGCUCGUCGCCGCCGCCAAAGUCCGUCGCGCCCAGGAAGCCGUCGUCAACGGCCGCCCUUUCUCCGAGACACUGGUCGAAGUCCUCUACAACAUCAACGAGCAGCUCCAAACCGAAGACGUCGAUGCCCCGCUGACCAAAGUCCGUCCGGUCAAGAAAGUCGCCCUCGUCGUCGUCACCGGAGACAGAGGGCUCUGCGGCGGGUUCAACAAUCAGAUUUUAAAAAAGGCAGAGAAUCGGAUGAAGGAAUUGAAGGCUCUGGGGAUCGAGUUCACCCUGAUCAGCGUGGGGAAAAAGGGGAACACUUACUUCACCCGCCGUCCGUACAUCCCCGUGGACCGGUUUCAGGAAGGGACGAAUUUGCCGACGGCGAAAGAAGCUCAGGCGAUCGCCGACGAUGUUUUCUCCCUCUUCGUGAGCGAGGAAGUCGACAAGGUCGAGCUUCUGUACACCAAAUUCGUCUCCCUGGUGAAAUCGGACCCCGUGAUUCACACUCUGCUCCCGCUCUCCCCCAAGGGAGAGAUCUGCGACAUCAACGGAAUCUGCGUCGAUGCCGCGGAGGAUGAGUUCUUCCGGCUGACGACCAAAGAAGGGAAAUUGACGGUGGAGAGGGAUGUCGUGAGGACGGCGACUCCUGAUUUUUCGCCGAUUCUGCAAUUCGAGCAGGAUCCCGUUCAGAUCUUGGAUGCUCUGCUUCCCCUGUAUCUGAACAGCCAGAUUCUCAAGGCGCUGCAGGAAUCGCUGGCGAGUGAGCUCGCCGCGAGGAUGAGCGCGAUGAGCAACGCGACGGAUAAUGCCUCGGAGCUGAAGAAGACGCUGUCGAAUGUUUAUAAUCGGCGGCGGCAGGCCAAGAUCACCGGCGAGAUUCUAGAGAUCGUCGCCGGAGCCGAUGCUCUUGUGUAA